AUGCAAGGAAAGGACCUGCGCAUGCGCUUACACAUGGGGCGGAGCUUCAUGGGCGGAGCGACCGCCAUCUUGGAGCGGGAGGCGGAGCGAAGCAGACCGGGAGGGAGCGACCGACCGGGGCCGCUGCCGCCGCCAUGAACCCCGAGUAUGAUUACCUGUUUAAGCUCCUCUUGAUUGGUGAUUCAGGCGUUGGGAAAUCCUGCCUACUUCUACGGUUUGCUGAUGACACUUACACCGAGAGCUACAUCAGCACCAUUGGGGUGGACUUCAAGAUCCGAACCAUUGAGCUGGAUGGCAAAACCAUCAAGCUUCAGAUUUGGGACACAGCAGGUCAGGAGCGCUUCCGAACCAUCACCUCCAGCUAUUACCGAGGGGCCCAUGGCAUCAUCGUGGUAUACGACGUCACUGACCAGGAAUCCUAUGCCAACGUCAAACAGUGGCUGGAAGAGAUCAACAGAUAUGCCAGUGAGAACGUCAAUAAGUUGCUGGUGGGCAACAAAAGCGACCUCACCACCAAGAAGGUAGUGGACAACCCCACUGCCAAGGAGUUUGCCGACUCCCUGGGCAUCCCCUUUCUGGAGACGAGCGCCAAGAAUGCCACCAAUGUGGAGCAGGCCUUCAUGACCAUGGCAGCCGAAAUCAAGAAGCGGAUGGGGCCUGGGGCCGCCUCAGGGGGCGAGAGGCCCAACCUCAAGAUCGACAGCAGCCCAGUGAAACCGGCCAGUGGAGGCUGCUGCUAGGGGGCAGAGCUGGCCGGGCCUGGGACCUCCUCUUCUCAGAGGAUGCCCCUGAGGCAGAAUGAGGCCCUGGCCAGGCCCUUCUACCCACAGCUGCUGCCCCUUCCGCUGCUACCACCUCCAUGGGGCAUUUGAUUCUGUGGCUUGUGGGGAGUGAAUCCUCACCCACUCCCAACCCCCAACCCCCUCCCAAAGCUCUUGGUAGAUCUGUGCUAUGGGCAGGGGCUGGAGAGCCCGAGGAGCCCCUUCCCACCUCCCCCAGCCCCCGUCCUUUCCCUGGCUUUCUUGGGGGAAGAGGAUUCUGCCUCGUUCCCAGCUUCCCCUCAGAGCUGCAGUGAGACCUGGGGAGCCUCUCGUGUCUCAUUGUCAGAGAUCCGGACCCAAGGCCCAGACUGUGGGGGACCAGGGUCCUGGGGAGAUGGGCCAGCCUCAGGAGGGAGCAGCCCCACCCUCUGCCAGCUUCGCCUUCUCCCUGCCGCACCCCCACCUCACCUCUGCCAACCCUCCUGGCCUGAGCUUUGAGCUCCAUCCGUCCAGAAUGCCUUGGGGGAGGGGGCGCCUGGAGGCUUUGCACCAAACCGGUGGGUGGGUGGGUGGUGGCUGGCAGCUCCCUCUGCCCCUGGCUGCCUUGGCACCUUCCCCCUUCUCGGCCCCAGGAGGCUGUGGAGGUGGAAGGAGGCCCGGAUGGGGGCAGCCCAGGGCCCGGCUCCUGGUGACCAAACAAGACUCGUUCCUCUCCCCUUGGCAGCAGAGGCCCAGCAGGCUGCCUGUCCCUGGCAUUGCCUUGGCCCCUUCCCGUCCUCCUUUGUCUGGCCCAUUCCCCAGCCUGCUUGAGUGCAUCUCCCAGGCACAGGGGGCGCUGGGCCCUGGGGGUCUGCCCCUCCCCCCGGGGCUCCUUCGGUCUAGUCUAGGCAUGGGCCACCCCCUUGUCCCGUGGUCCCCUGGUCAGUGCGACAUAGGCGCGCACACGCACGCGCGUGCUCUUGCUUGUAUUGAAGCUGCAGGGUGGGGACCCGGGCGGCAGCCCCCCUCCCCGUGUGUGCCCCCCCUUCCUUUCCAGUCACAUCUUGUCCAGCGUUUCGCUAGGAGAAGCCACUUGGGGGGAGGAAGCGGGACAAAACAGCCUCAAUAAAUCUCCAGUGGCCUCGGGAGAGCCCCCGAGGGGUUUUGCAAGGAA